AUGAUUUCACGUAUGUCCGUGCGAACCCACACUCAGACGGAGACCCUAACGAAGCAGGAUUCGGUGAAUAUGCUAAAGAAUAUAAUUAAAUUAGGCAUAAGCUUAGUUACGUAUUUACGUAAUUUGUUUGAAGAGAAUGCAUAUGAAGAAGUAUGUAUUCAAGAGUUAAAAUUGAAGAGGCUGUUACCAAUAAACCCCGAAGCACAUAUGAUAAUAAACUGGUUGGAAAAAGGUGUUUUUGACGCAAUAGAGAAGGAAUACUUGCGAAUAUUAAUAUUGGACAUAAAUGAUGUAUAUGAUAAUACAAUUGAAUGUUAUAAAUUUAGUUUUUCAUAUAAUACCAUAAGGGCAGGAGGAGGAGGGGAAAUUGGAGUUACCUUAGAAACAUCAAAAAAUAAUCCGAAUAAAAAUUAUAAUGAUAAUUUAGAAGAACAAAGAAAAAAUUUUAAUGUUAACAGAUUAAGAAAUAUAAAGGACAGGUUAUUAAAUAAAAAAAGUACGAACGACACAUCCUUAUAUUUAAAAAAACACGCAAAAGAAAGAACAUAUGAAUUACUUAGAUCAUUAGUAUUACUAACACAAACAUUAAAUCCUUUACCCGAAAGAACAUACUUAUCAAUGAAACUAUUAUAUUAUGAUGAAAUUGUACCAUACAAUUAUCAACCACCAUAUUUUAGAAAUCCGGAUAAUACGGACUUACUCAAAUUUGUUAAUAUCCCAAAUGAAGAAUAUGUUGGCAAAAUAGACACAGGUCAUCAUUUCUUAUCAAUUAUUGUAAAUUCAACAUGUAACAGUAAUAUAACUGAAGAAUUAUGUCCUUAUUAUUAUAAUGGAACACAUAACCAAGAUUUCGUGAAUGAAUAUCAGCAUGUAAAAACAGUAGAAGAUGACUGUAACUAUAACAGUCAUAAUAACCUAUAUAUUAAUGGCUAUCAAAAUAAGUGUCAUCCGUAUUAUGAACAGUACACAUAUGGAGGGAAUAAAAAUGAAGGUGCUAAAUACGAAACGGAGAGGUACAACUACUUGAAUAGACGAUUAACUAAAAACAUAAAUUAUCCAAACGACGCAAAUAAUUACAUUAUUAUAGACGAUUAUGAUGAUGAUGAUAAUGAUAAUAAUAACAGUAAUAAUACGAGCAAUAGUAAUAGUUAUACUAAUGGUAAUAGUAAUAGUAAUACUAAUGAUAAUAGUAAUACUAAUGAUAAUAGGAAUACUAAUGAUAAUAGGAAUACUAAUGAUAAUAGGAAUACCAAUGAUAAUAGGAAUACCAAUGAUAAUAGGAAUACUAAUGAUAAUAGGAAUACCAAUGAUAAUAGGAAUACCAAUGAUAAUAGGAAUAUCAAUGAUAAUAGGAAUACCAAUGAUAAUAGGAAUACCAAUGAUAAUAGGAAUGCCAAUGAUAAUAGUAAUAGUAACAGUAAUAGAAAUAGUAAUACGAAUGAUAAUAGUAACAAUAAUAGUACAAAUAAUAAUAUAAGUAAUUAUGAUAUUAGAAAUUUGAGGAACGUCAGUAUUAACGGUAACGUGAGGAACAACUAUAAUUAUGAUGUCCACGAACACAUAGAUCGAAUGAGCAAACAGGGAAAGAAAAUUUUCAACAAAAGCGGACGAAAAACAAAAAAGAAAUCGUCAUCAUUUCCUGAGUUCAACAUAAACGAAAAGGCUUCCUCUUUAGCAAGAAUUAUAAAAAGAAGUAAUGAUCCUGAUCAUAGUAGUAAUUCAGAUAAUGACUGCUAUAUGAAAUUGGAGAAAGUACUAUCACAUACAUAUGUAGAUGGGGAUGAACAAGAUUGUGUACAAGUAGAAAAGAGAGAAAUAGAAGAUGAUAAAAGAAAGAAAAACAAACAUGACGACGCAGGUAAAGAGGAGUCACAAAUUUUUUAUUAUCGUAGUAAUCCUUAUAGAAGAAAUGUAGACACAAUGACUUCAAAAAUUUAUGAUGAUGAUAAUAAUAAUAAUGCUUAUGUAAAAAAUGGACAAAAUAACAUGAAAGAUAAAAUGAACGCUCUAGUCAUAAGACAAACAAAAAGUUCCUACACUCCUCAAAUUAACCAAAAAGAAAAUGUAAAACAUACGUAUUCAUUUAAUGGUGAUGAUUAUUCGUAUUCCGACUCAGACCUAGAAAAUUUUGAAAAUAAGAAAAAAACGUACAAGACAUAUAAAGAUAAUAAUUCAUUAUUGAAAUCUGAAAAAAAAAAUAAUAAAAUGUUAACACAUAAAGACUUAAAGGACAAAAAAUCAUUGCGUAAAAGGUUAAUCCUAAAAUAUAAGAAGAAAGAAAUGCUCCACAGAAUAAGGAUGUAUAUUACGAGAUAUAAAAUUCUAAGUAAAACUAAAAUUAGGCAGAAGUUCCCUGACGUAUCUAACUAUGAUAUUGAUAAAGUGUUACAUAAAUUAGUGUCUGAAAAUAUUAUUCAGAGAAACGGAUACAAGUUUUACAAAUUUGUCGAGAAUAAAGGUGUGGAAAUGAACUGUCCAAAAAAUGACUGCUUGGAUAUAACUGACGAGGAGAAGAUUGAUUCAGAGGAUGGCCAAUCGGAUGAUCAGUUUGGGGACCAAUCGUAUGACCAAUUGGAUAACCAAUCGGGUAAUCAGUCAGAAGAAUGUGUGAGCAACCAAGGAAAUAAACAAGCUGACGAACAUGUGGAAAAAGAAACAAAUAAACAUGUUGAUUACUCAGAGUUAGAAGAACUGGACAACCUAAAAAUGUCUAAGGUACAGAAAAGCGACACAACAGCAGAAUAUGUGAUUGACGAGAUGGACUGUGCAGACACAUCGAAAGAGGAAAACGCAAAGAACGCAGAAACAGACAGUAGAUCUACAAAUAGCCAAAUGCAUAACAAUAAUAAUAACAUUAGCAUUAACAAUAAUAAUAAUAAUAAUAGUACCGAUAUAACAGGAAAAACUGACCUAUCAAAUAACAUUGACCAAUCAAAUAACUCUUAUCAAGCAAAUAAUUCUGAUCUUACAUAUAAUGCCGAUCCUGUUGAGUGUCUUAACCGUGAUGAUCAUAUGGAGGGAGAGAAUGAAGAAGACAUGAAUGAAAUAAAUAACGAUAUUCAAAAGUUAUACGAUGAUGUAUAUAAUUUAUGUCUAAAAACUAAAUAUGUUAAUAGAGAAAUUAUCACCAAAGGACUUGGAAUCUACCCAUUACUAUCUAAACCACUCCUAGAUAGACUAAUUAAAGAAGGAGUGAUAAAAAAAAAAAUAGUAAAAAAUAAAGGGUAUGAAAGUAACAUCUUUGUCCCCUUGGAGAAUACUUUCAACUUAAAAAAGAAUGACCAAAUGAUCAGAGCAGAUGAUUCAUUUGAAAAUAAUAGCUUUUCCUUUGCAAACAAUAUUAAUGAUGUAAUAAAAAAGGAUUGA